UCAGCUCCUUUCAUCAUUCUUUCUGCUGGAUAGAUAUUCUAAAUUUAAGUCACCAGUCACCAUUCAGACUAUAACCCAGAAACUUUCAUAGAGUUAUUUCCUUAUAGGCUCACAUAAACGAAUGCUCCAUGAUGAAUGACUGACCCACAUCUGAGCAGACUGGAGCCACAUGCUGCAGACUUGUUCCAGUCAAAUUCAUGGAUUCAAAGCCCUUCCCAAGGUCACGUGGGAGCAUCAGAGCGGAACUUUCCGAGACGGAGGCUAGAAUACGACUGGUGGGGGGGAGCGGAGGAGAAAAGCCUCGCUCGCGCUCGCCAGCCUACGAGAGGCAGCUGGUGGGAAGCCGAGCAUGCGCACUCCCGGGGUCCUACUUUCGUUAUUGAUGCGAAAGCCUUUGCCUUGGCGCGCUGCUGGUGCUGGCUCUCUCGCUGUGCUGAGCCCUGCCUCCCUGCCUGGCUCGAGACCGAGUGAGUGAUCCACGAUGGCAUCGAUGAAGGAUACCAAGACUUUUUUCGAGAAGGGCACUCCUGCUCAGUUUGAAUACGUUUUGUCCAUUUACGACGACGCACUCAGGCUGAAGGCAGAGCAGAAGAAAAAGCCUGAGGAACUUCUCAAGCUGGAUAAAUGGUACCAGGAAGAGCUGCCAAAGAAUCUGAGACAGAGAGACAAGGACAAGCACCUGACUCAUGAUGAACUUGUACAAUGUAUGAAAUGGAAAUUAGCGCGUGGGAAGUUUCGCCCUCGUCUAAAGGAGUUGGUCCAGAUGAAUACUCCUCGACAUGUGCAGUCCGAGUCUAAGAAAGCAUUCCGUGCUUUGCUGAAAAAAGAUGAUGUGUCCAGUGCUAUCCAAGCACUCUGCAACCUCAAAGGAGUGGGCCCUGCCAUGGCUUCAGCUAUCCUGGCUGCUGGUUGUCCUGAGAGGAUACCUUUCAUGGCAGAUGAGUGCCUCCUGUCAGUACCCGGGAGUGAGGGAAUUGACUAUACUCUCAAGGAGUACCUCACUUUUCUUGAACAAAUCUCUGAAGUUGUCAAGAGACUUAACCGACAGAGUGGACACACAGAAGGAAAAGCCUCAUGGACUGCUCACAAAGUGGAGUUGGCUCUCUGGUGUCAUUAUACAGCAUCUGAAUUAAAAGCAUCCCUUUUGGAUAAGUUGCCUUGUGGAGAUGAAGUUCCCUCUUCCCCAGCCACUAAAACUCACUCUGAGAAUGGAGAGUCUCAGCAGGAGAUGAAUGGACCGAAUGGGAACGAGGAAGAUGACCAGAGUCGAGAUUCUGGUCUCUCUGACUCCAACCAUCCCCCUAGCAGCACAAAGCAAUCCCCCAGUCCUGGGUAUGCUGAGAAUUCCAAUUCAAACUUCUCUGAUUUGCCCCAUGAUGAAGGGAUUGCACCUGCCAGGCAGGCAUCAGCCUCUGUCUCCAUCUCCGAUGAUGAGCCGCCCUCCAAAGUUCCCAAAGUGGACCAGUGAUGUUAGUCCCAUGUUGAAUUCUCCUCAGGAGAACAUUCCACAGCCUCUCAUCCCAUUCUACAUAUUGCUUUUUGUUUUUCAGCAUUUUCAUCUUUUUUAUUUUUCAUCCAUCUCACCAGAUCAUCAACACAGCCAUGAUUUUUGUAAAAUCUGACCACUCCAUUCAGUGAAAGUGCUGAGGCAAGGGAAAGGAAAACUUCAUCAACUGUGGAAGAGAAUGUGUAUUUUUCUGCGUAAUUAUUUCCCAUCCAGUGUUUUGGGAAAGAGAUAGAAGGACUGAGCAGGAAAAUUCCUGCCAUUCUGUGUGUUCUUUGUCCCUUCAGCCUUCUCUGCUUUUGGUGGAAGUACCUUGCAUGCAUCAAAUUUUCAGCAAGUGAUGGUCUUCCACAUCAGAUGAAAGGCAAUUCUCUGUGAAUUGUUUUCUCUGUCAUAUCUUUUGGGAGAUUUCUCCAGGCCUCUGGGGGUUGGUUUGUAUGUAUACCCAGAAAUGUUUCUUUUCUCUUGGUCAGAUCUUUUUUUUGACAGUUCUACAUAGACCAAGGAAGCACGUCUGAUGAUAGGCUCUGAGGCAAAUGAAGUUCUCUUUCAUCUUAA